CAAAAUAUUACGAUUUUUCAUCAAGCUGUAAUUUUGGAUUUCUUUAUUAUUAUUAUUUAAUUUUUAUGUGAACUAUGAAAUUACACUUAGCAAGAGAAACGAGUUGCCCAUUUUAUUCCCCCAUAAUGCUAAAAAUGUCAUAGUAUGUCAUCUCUAGUGCUUUGAAUAGUCAAAUAAUGAUGACGACAUACUGUAUGAGAAUGUGUAUUUCUUGAGGCAAUGUUUUCAGAGGACUCACUCUGAGGGAGGUUGUUAGAUCUUUCUGUCCUAUUUUAUUUCUGCUGGUUCAUUGUAUGACACUGUAGGCGUUCUGGCAUCUGUCCUGAACUACUUUAUCAUUUCACUCUUAACUUGUGCCAGAGAAAUGUGGUUUCCUUACUCUUAUCCCAAGCACCACUUGUCAUGUAGUCAAUACAAGUAGUUGGAAUAUUUAUUGUGUUAAAAUACUUUAUUGUAAUGUUCUGGCUUAAACUUUUCCUCAGGUCAAGAGGAUUUAGGACGGCAUGAUCAACACAAACCUAUGCAGUAACCUUCAUCAGCACCUUUGUUUGUAAUUUCUCAGCCUUCUCCUCUUUCAUCCAUUGAUCCUUUGCAACCAGUAACCAGCUGCUUCCCUUUCUCCAUCCCCCCUCCCUCGGCAGCCCCAUGGACGGGCGUCUGGUCCCUUAGGUAAAUCAGAGAUGCCCAGGCACACCCUGGCCAGGAAAGGCCCAGGAUCAGUUUACGGCCUACCUGAAAAGAUCCUUUUAAAACUGCAAGUACAUUGCUCCCUACUAUGAACAAUGGCAGACCUUUUCAGACUCUUUAUGCAUUGAAAAGCCCUUUACGUGCCUCUUGACUUGUGUUUCUGAAUGUGAGAUUCAUUGUAGAUAUACAGUAUUUUGUGCAGACAACAGUGUUGGACAGAGCAGACAAAACGCCUGUAUAAACGCCUCAGAUCUUUCAACAAAAAAAAAAAAAGAACAAAAGCCUUCGAACUCAAGUUUACAAACAAACACCAGUGUCUGCAGACGGCAGGUGUGCGGGUUACCAUCAACAAUCUGAAGAAACAGAUUGUUGACUUAACAGACUUAACUUUUCUGUUUAUGUGAGGCCUCUUUUAUAUUCUGGUUGUUUAUGAAACACACCAACAGUCAAAAAGACUGAAACACAUUAUUUACUCCACCUGAAAACAGACUUAAAAAAAGUUUCAUUACCUUUCAUUUUAUUUAAAGGGGGAAAAGGAGUAUGAAUAAUAUUAACUUUUCAUCUAAUAUUGAAAAAAAAAAUUAAAGUGAUUUUUUUUUAAGAUUCUUUAUAGCUUUUAGAGUUUUUGAAUCUUAAUGGUCGUGGUGUAAAAUUAAUUAAUUUUUAAAGAACAAAUAUUCCAAUCACUAUCUAAUUUAUUAUGAGCAUGCAUAUAGUUUUAAAAUAUACUCACCCUCAGGCCAUCCAGGAAGAAGAUUUAAAGAAGUUUCUUUAUCAACACAUAUUUGCAGAAAUUUAUCAUUACAUCACUUGCUUACAAAUAGACCCUCGACAGUGAAUGAGUGCCGUCAGAAUGAAAGAGCAAAAAGAAUAUACAAGACAUCAAAAUAUGAUUCUAUAAUCUUUAAUGAUACUUCCUCCAGUGGUCAAUCUCCUGUUGUCCUCUCACAUCAAAAUCCAAGAUCAUAUUUGAUUAGACCGGUUUUAGACUGUUUUCACUUGUAAACGGUGCUUGAUCUGUGCAUAUUUCUAUCAUGAUCCAGACGAAGCAACUUUUCUACUGGAGAAAGCAAUUUUAUGGAUAGAGGACUCAUAUUUUAUCCUUAGCUUUUUAAUCCAGAUCUAUAAAUUUCUCCAUAUCUAUAAAUAAACAUGCUCAUCUACAUUUUGGAUGGCCCUAAGGGUUAUUAAAGUUUAAUAUAGAAAAAAUACAAUUUAAAAAAAAAUCAUUUAGUUUAAGUUUUUAAGUAAAAUUUUCAUUAAAGUAAUAGUUUACCCCCAAAAUGAAAAUUUGCUGAAUUUAUUCUCAACCAAUUACUCAAAAAUUUAGUUCUCAGAGGUGUAGGAUUUGAUGUAUCAGAUUGUAGAUCAUAAUCUUAACUCAGAUCUUAGUCUAAGAGAAGUUUGCUAAUCCUGGUCCUUUUGCAUGUUCGGCUCUCUAGAGGAAAGAUUAGGUGACCCAUGCAUCGGAAAAGAGGCGUGGAAAGAGUGAGAGGAAACGCUCUUGACUCUAGCUUAAUAUGAGAAGCCAAACAACCCAAAAGUGGGAUGAAACCGCUCUGUAUUAAAGAGUUGACGCUGCACAGACCUGUCACACUAAAUAGCCCAAGGAGGAUGUGUUUGCCCACAGUGCUGUUUCAUCCCAUGUUUAGGUUGUUUGGUUUCCCAUAGCUUCCCAGACUCAACAAACCUGACGAUCAUCAUUUCAAACCCAGGCUAAUCUAGAUGAUUAUCACCACCAGUGUCAGACUUAACCAAAAAGUAAGGUACGUGGCCGCUUAGGGCCCCCGGGGAAUUAGGGGGCCCCAUCUGAUAUUGGUAAUUUUAUAAUUUAUAAUUUUAAAUUUGAUAAUUUUAUGGCAUUUGAAUGCUUUUUGUUACAAUUAAUAUAAUGUCUUCAGCAUCAGGUUCAAUAAUUAUUUACUUAAGUUGUGAAGAGGUAAAUAAAAUAUAAACUGAGAGAGAGAGAGUGAACAAAAUAAGGGUUAGGUGUAAAAGAGCACAUGGUGUUGGGGUCCAAUAACAUCAUUUUUCUUAAGGAUCCCAAAUCUGGGACCAAGUCUGCCCCUCUGUACACAUUCAUUAAUGCUUAACAGUUUUUUGCUCUAACAGUUUACUUUCAAUCAAAAAGUGAUUUAAAGUCACAUUGAUCAAGGAAUCCACACAAAAAAAAAUCAGGCAUCUGAUUCAAAAAAACCUGUAAAAAAAAUAAAAUAAUUAAAAAUACAAAUAAAAAUAAAAUGGAUACCAGAAUUGACGACUGAAAUAUCAAAAGGAAAAUUUAUUUUCUUUUUUCUUUAUUUAUUUAUUUAUUUAUUUAUUCAAAGACCCAAUACCCAAGAAAUUAAGUAAGUUAAAUAUCCAUAGCUGUCUUUGAUCCAAGACCGUGUGAAAUAUGUUUUGACUGGAAAAGAUGAUGACAAUGACAGUUAUGUAGCACAUAAUAGUAUUUUCCCCCACCCCAGUUACAAUUCUAGAACCUUCUGAUAUUAGUUUAUGUGAAAUAUUGAUUAUUACUAAGAUGCUUUAGUUCCCCAAAAUGACCAGUGGAUGUCAGCAAACACCAUCAAGUUCAAAUGCAUAGUUCAUAAAUAUAAUCAUUUCAGUGUCAAAUCAUUUCAACCCUAAAAGUCAGCGAGUUGCUCAUGUUCCUGUUUGUUUGUUUUUUGUUGAAGUUAGUGUUUGUGCAUCGAUCUACGAUUGCAUCCUAAUCUUAUUUACUUUCAAAAGUUUUCAUAUGAUGGGGUUACCCUGGGACAAAGAGGUAACCUAGAGGUAAACUUUCUUAAAUUGCCCCCAACUCUUAUUUACAAUCGACUUUUUUACUAUUGUGUUUUAAUUUUCUUUAUCAUAUAUUAAAAGAAAUGACAUGAUGUCAUGGUGUCAUAUUUCCAUUUUUCCAACAACAUGAAACACCUGGUUUCAUGUAAGACCUUCGGUUAUAUACUGGAAGAAUUAUUCACAGGAUGCAUGCUUGGUGGCUGUUGGUUUGAUCAUGUUAGAGGAUGGAUCACAAAUAAAGACAAAUACAACAUCCUGAUUCUUACUUAUGAAGAAAUGAUCAAGGACCUCAGAUCUGUUGUUGUGAAAAUCGGUGAGUUUGUGGGAAAGAGUCUGUCAGACGCAGCGAUCGAUAAAGUGGUGGAAACAGCCACGUUCAAGCACAUGAAGAAAGAUCCGUUGGCCAACUAUGAAUUCCUUCCUCAGAUGAUCACAGACCAUCCGAAGGGACUUUAUUUGCGCAAAGGAACAGUUGGGGACUGGAAGAACUCUUUAACCGUGGCUCAGAAUGAAUAUUUUGACCACGUCUAUCAGGAAAGAAUGAAGGACACACCUCUUAACAUGAUCUGGGACAUCUCAGAAUUGCAGGGAUGAAAACUCAAGCCGUGAAAUCCAUUUGACAAAUUAAUAAAGAAAUAACACUAUCACGAUAAUCACAAAAAAGGCAUAAUAUAUGAAUGGAUGUGUUGGCUACACGACCAUAUCAAAACUGACAAC